CUGCAUAUCCAGACUCAAGUGAGUGGGCAGAGCUGAGUGUGGGAAGCCUAUCACCAUUCUGUGCUUGGUCCUAUUCAAUGUCAUUGGUCCUUCAUUUUCAUGCAGAUGAAGUCGUCUGAUAUUGACCAGGAAUUAUUCACUGAAAGCUAUUGCAAAGUGUGCAGUGCUCAGCUAAUAUCAGAAUCUCAGAGAGUGGCACAUUAUGAGAGUCGGAAACAUGCGAGCAAAGUGAGACUUUACUACAUGCUACAUCCCAUAGACGGAGGCUGCCCGGCCAAGAAGCUCCGAUCAGAAAACGGCAGUGAUGCCGAUGCAGUGGACAAAAACAAAUGCUGCACGCUAUGUAACAUGUCCUUCACCUCGGCAGUGGUGGCCGAAUCACAUUACCAAGGCAAAAUCCAUGCCAAAAGGUUAAAACUGUUGCUAGGUGAACAGCCAGCACUAAAGGCCACAGAAACCACUCUGAGUUCACUAAAGCAGCCACAUGCGGAUAGUUCUCCUGUGGUGUCUUCACCUCACCAAAGAAGAGACUCAGACAGGUACUGCCAGCUCUGUGCAGCCUGGUUCAAUAACCCCAUGAUGGCACAACAACAUUAUGAUGGCAAAAAGCACAAAAAGAACGCAGCCAGGGCCGACUUAUUACAACAACUAGGGAAGACAUUGGAUCUAGGAGAGCUGAGAGGUCUGAAGCGUAGUUACACUUGUAACAUCUGUAAUGUCACUCUAAACUCAAUAGAACAGUAUCACGCUCAUCUGAAGGGCUCCAAACAUCAGACCAACCUGAAGAAUCAAUAGUGAUUCAUCAGUCAAAAGAAGGAAAAAACAUCAAGAUUUUUUCUGCAAAGAAGAGUCUAUUAACCAAUAAAAAGGAUGCUUUCUUGGACAAUGAGCAUUUCCUAUGUGGAUUCAUUAAUUAACGUAUAACUAAAUCUUCACUUUGGACAAAUACAUGGAUUUUCUUUUUUAAUUUUGUGGUGAGUUAAAAUAUUUGGAUGGAUUUUUUUUUUUACCCUUUCAAGAUAAUAUAUUCAGCACACGGUCUAACGUAUGAUAAAUAUCCUUUAAGAAACAGCAUCUAAACAUCACUCAUCCUCAAAGACAGUGGAAAUAAAAUAUUUUAUUUUUUUCAUAUUUAUUCUUAGAUUUCUUCUGAGAAUAUAAAAUUGCUCUAUUAAAUUAUCCAUGAUUGUGAUGUAAUCAGUCUUCAACCAGAAAUAAACAUGAUUUCUUCACCUUCUUCGGCAUGAUUUGUGUCAACAUAUAAAGAAAAAAAAUGAAUCACGGGAUGGGGAAAUGUCUGGUGGAGGAAAAUACGAUUUAACAGCAAGUAGACCUUAGAUGAAUCUCUCUCCUGGGUGUUCAGAUGCUGCUGCAGAGGGGCAAGGCGGGUGCCCUGCUGCUGCGCCCAGAAAGCAAUACCUUCACACCAUAUUCAAAUUGGAGAAGCGUUUCCUGAGAUGAUGCUUCUGCUGUGCUGUACUGAGUCAGAAGAUGGCCAUGCUGCCCUGUGUCCUAGCAUUGGUGUGCGCAUGCUGCUGGUCACAUCAACACGAAAACCAUUUCCACCUCACCGGAUAUGUGGCCCGAGUGGAGGGCUUCCUGCCUUACGGUGUCCAAACACAGAAGCUCCGUAUGGUUCAGCCAUGCGGCUUCCAAGCCAUGAGGUGGAGAGACCACAGGUCGGGAUGACAAAGGCGACAGUGGUCCUGAGGGAGCAGGUCGGGAAGAGGCGGCAACGGGACUGGAACGUCCGCCGACGGUUCUAACAGCUUGGUGUCCCAAUGCUGGCGAGGCCAUGCUGGAGCUACCAGAAAUCACCCUUGCCCCGUCCCUGUGGAUCUUGAGCAGGAUCUUGUGCACGAGGGGGAAUGGAGGAAAGGCAUAAAGCAGGCAGCCUGUCCAGGGAAGCUGGAAAACGUCCAUUAGGGAGCCCAGGCUGCGACCUUGGAAGUGUAGCCUAUAGGACUAACCUGCUUGCUUAAUUAUAUAGUUUAUAUACAAAGUAUU